AUGGCACAGAACUCAACUUCCAACAAGGAACGCCCUCUUGCGGGGGUGGUCCUCUGCUUUACCUCUAUUCUGCCAGAACAACGGACUGAGCUGGCCACAAUUGCCAGUCAGAUGGGAGCAGCUCACAAGUUCGACCUCACGUCCGAUGUCACACAUUUGCUUGUCGGCGAGAUCAAUACCGCGAAGUAUAAGUUCGUCGCACGGGAGCGAAGUGAUGUUGUUGUUCUCAAACCGGAAUGGGUUGAGGCAGUACGGCAGUCAUGGAUGCAGGGUGAAGACACCGAUAUUCGGGCGUUAGAGCAGCAAUAUAGACUACCAACCUUCAUGGGAUUGGCUAUCUGCAUAACAGGCUUUGAGGAUAUGGCUUAUCGAAAUUACAUUCAGGAUACUGCUGUCGCGCAUGGCGCUGACUUUAGGAAAGACCUCACGAAGAGUGUGACCCAUCUCAUCGCGCGCAAUACAGAGGGCCAAAAGUACAAAUUCGCAACACAGUGGAACAUUAAGGUCGUAACGAUGAAAUGGUUCACUGACAGCAUCGAGCGUGGCAUGGUUCUUGAGGAAACUCUAUACCACCCUCUUCUACCACAAGAACAACAGGGUGUGGGCGCAUGGAAUCGCACAGUACCACCAGCCAAGGAGAAAGCUGCAGAAGCCGAGAAUUCAUCCAAUCCCCGGCCUAGGAAGCUGCGCAGGAUCGCAAGCACCAAGCUCGUUGACCAGAACGAAGGGAUUUGGGGUGCUAUCGUGGGUGCAGGAUUCGAGAACAACGAGCUGAGACGGUCAACGAACAGCCAACCGAAGAAUGAAGACGUCACAUCCUCGAAAAUCACGAGAAAAGCAUCCGUUGUACAGGAAGCUAAGUCCUUCGCCAGCGAGACGACGUUUGCGGAGGCCCAGGGAUCUCGUCAAGACACUUCUGAAGUGAGACCCGCUAGCAACAAUGGUUUCCUGGAUGGCUGUUAUUUCUUCAUAUAUGGAUUUUCUCCCAAGCAGACCAGUGUACUGCAUCACCACCUUUCAUACAAUGGAGCUCAGCUCGUGAGUUCUUUAAGCGAGCUUUCGCGCCCAGAAAUACCUAAAAGAGGGCAUGGACUCUACAGGAUAGUGUCGUAUAAGACGCCACGGUCUGAGAUCCCCUCUACGGAUGAUCUGGCGUUCGACUGUGACGUGGUGACCGACAUGUGGCUGGAGAGAUGCCUAGAGGCGAAGACCCUAGUGCCACCCGAAUCUCAUAUCGCAUGUACUCCCUUACCUGUAUUUCCCAUUCCAGGAUUCCAUGGGAUGAAAAUCUGCUCGACCGGGUUUUCUCGCAUUGACCUGCUGCAUUUAUCAAAGCUGAUUGACUUAAUUGGCGCUACAUAUGACGAGUACCUAACGCCGAAAGCGUCUGUUCUGAGGUUGUCGCAACCUGAAAAGAGCUUGGAAGUGCGAGCCGGCUCUCGCACGGAGCAAAAACAUGUAUCCGAGUCCUCUGAUAAGCCCAACAAGACUGCGAAGCCAGACUCCCGUACUACGGAAUCAAAGAAACAUGGUAUGAACGGGUCCACCAAGGGCACUCCUGUCGAGAAGCCGUCCAAACCCAGUAGCGAAGAUGAAUCAGUGAAGCCACCACCUACAUACAAACGACCAUCACAGUCAGCAUCAGUCUCACCUACCAAAGAAACCAGACCACCAAACACAGCCUCGCCUUCAAACAAACGAAAAGCAUCAGACCAUGGCACAACCUCCGCACAAGCCGCAAUCGAACUCGCCGUAAGCGGAUUUCUCAAGCAAGCACGAGCAGCAAACUCGCGCUCAAAAUCCGAUACAACAGACCAAGAAAGCGAUAGCCUCCGCCGAAGGCGCCGGAAACCGCUCCUCGGACGAGCACCAUCCCACUCCUCCGCACAGGGCGUCUUCUCCCGCGCCAGCUCAAUCGACACACUCAAUGAAGACGGAUGCGGCAGUGCCGUGGAGAGCAUCAACACAGAGGGCUUCAACUCGUUCCUUACAGGCGGGCGAUUCGAGCCCUCGGAAUCUCAACGUCGCAUUGAGGAAGAAGAGAAUGAGGAGCCUGCAAUGACGCAGCUGAACUACGAGGAUCCAGAUGCCGUCAAAAUGCGCGAAGAGCUCUUUAGUCACGCUGGCAAACUGUCCAAUAAGACGAAAUCUGCCGAUCAGGGCGUGAUUGUUGGUGAGGUCAGGGAAUUGGAGGAUAUUGGCUGGGGCACUGGUCGGAGGACGCGGAACGCGGUUAAGGAUUCGGAGGGUGAGUUGUAA